CCCCUAACGCCCCUAACGACAGCUCGCCUUAAACUAAUAUAAGCAUAUGCUAUUGUGCUCUGCAAACAUUGAAUAGGGUUGUUAUACUUUUUUUGUUACCUGCGCUGCGGUCUUCUUUUUUUUUUUCCGGCGAUCUAUGGAACUUAUUACAUUUAUCUGAGUCUUCCAGAGUCAUCAUCGUCAUCGUCACAUGCCCGGUGGCAUAUCCCGCUGGCUUUGUAUUUUGAUAUUACAGACGAUUACAGGAUUACAGUUCACUGUUUUGAUAUUAUCAGCGAUGUUCGCUUGUCGCUGAGUGGUGUGGUGCGGUUUUGCCGGCGCUUUCCUGCGAUAUUAUGCAUCAGCUGUGAAGCAGGAAGACGCAACGAUCGUACAAAACACCGUUUGUGCGCGUCCUUACUGCGUCGGAUCAGUGGAUCACACCGCUUAGGGGCCGAUCAGCUGUUUACGAGAACUGCGCCGAAUCAUCAUGUCGUCCCCGUCGUCUGCGCCGCUGCAGUUCGUGCCUUUCACGUCGACCAUGGACGGCACCUUCUGGAAUGAACUGAGUACUCGGAAACUCUUCCAUUACCGGCUCAACCAGGGACCCUUCGAAAUCAGCGCCGCGUACAGCUGUGGUUCGGCCGCCGGUCUCCCAGCGCUGGCCAACCUCGACAUGGGAUCGUUCAAACACGCCGACGGAGGCCUCAAAACUCCAGAUUCGUGUCCUCUGCAGGGCCUGCUGUACCUGCCCAACAGCCUCGCCGACAUGAAGAAAAUGGACAAGUCUGAAGUGCUGAACACAUCUGGCAAGCUCGUGUGGGCAGCCAUGCAUGAUGGCCAGGCCAUCAAGGACCCGAGCCUCCUGAACCGCUUCGUGGCGCUCAUCUACAUUGACCUGAAGAAGUUCACCUUCUGCUACUGGUUUGGAUUCCCUGUUGUGCGCCUACCCGAGGAGGUGACCCUUGCCAAGCCGCCACAGUGCCUUGGGGACGUCUUUGAUGACAGCAGGAUGGCUUGCCUGAACGUCGCAUAUGCUGACCUGGAGACACCCGAGAAGCGGGCCGCCUUCCUCGUCGUGCCAUCGGGAGAGGAGGUGGAGAUUCGUCCCUUGGAGCAGCUGCCCACGCUAGUGGCGGACUGUCGGCCCUUCUACCUGGCCUUCUCGGACCCGUCAACGUCCACCAGCCACCCAGGCUGGCCACUCAGGAACCUACUGGCGCUGGUCGUCCACCACUGGGGUCACCUGGUCCCGCGGUUAGACGUGCUCUGCUACCGGCGUGAGGCUCGCCACGGACACGUGGACAGUAGCUACAGCCUUAUCCUCGACGUCCAGCUGGGCAACAACGCUGCCGCUUUUGACAGCAGCGCACCCGUGUUUGUCGGCUGGGAGCGUAAUGCCGCGGGCCAGCUGGGUCCCCGGAGCGUGGACUUGAGCAUGAGCAUGGACCCAGCUCGACUGAUGGAGAAUGCACUCCAGCUGAACCUGCAACUGAUGCGGUGGCGGCUGGCACCAACGCUCAAUUUGGAGAUUGUGGCAUCCACAAAGUGCCUUCUGCUGGGCGCUGGCACCCUGGGCUGCAGUGUGGCCCGGUGCCUGGUCAGCUGGGGCGUGCACACCAUCACGUUCGUCGACAAUGGCGUUGUGUCGUACUCGAACCCGGCGCGCCAGUCACUGUACACCGUGCGAGACUGUCGCGAUGGCGGCCGACCCAAGUGCGAAGCCGCUGCCAAUGCCCUGCGUGCUGUGUCGCCUGCAGUAAACGUGCGGGGCGAGAACCUGACGGUGCCCAUGGCCGGCCACAGCGUGCCCUCCCAAGCCGAAGACCUUGUGCAGGCAGACGUCGAGAGGCUGGAGGCACUGGUUGCCGAGCACGACGCCGUCUUCCUACUGCUCGACACCCGUGAAGCCCGCUGGCUGCCGACGGUGGUGGCAGCCGCACAGCGCAAGAUUGUCCUCAAUGCGGCGCUGGGCUUCGACACGUUCCUCGUCAUGCGCCACGGCGUUGCUGCGGGCGAGGCCGGAGACGAUGCCGAGAAGCUGGGUUGCUACUUCUGCAACGACGUCGUCGGGCCAGCCGAUUCGACACGCGAUCGCACCCUCGACCAGCAGUGCACCGUGACAAGGCCGGGUGUCGGCGCGAUCGCCGGUGCCCUGGCCACCGAGCUGCUGGUGGGCCUUCUGCAGAGUCCCCUGAAGGGCCGGUGCCCUGCACUAGAGGAUGCGGAGGCCCCCUGCGAGAACCCCCUGGGGCUCGUUCCGCAUCAGGUCCGAGGUUUCCUGGCCCGGCACGUGUACAUGACGCCCACCUGCAUGGCCUUCCCCAUGUGCACGGCCUGCUCGCCACCGGUGCUCGAGGAAUACGCCACUCGGGGCUGGGAGUUUGUGCUACAGGUGCUCAAUGACGCUGCCUACCUGGAGAAGCUGACGGGACUGAGCAGGCUGCACGAGGAGACGGACCUGGACCAGGUCUGGGCGCUCAGUGACAGUGAGGACAGUGCAUCGUGAAGAUGCCUGUUGGCACACCACAGCAGCACACCUCAGCUGGAAUAUUUUGUGUGGUAAAACAAAUGGCAUGAGAAUGGUGGAAGCUUUACGGUGUAUUUAAUGUGAUUGCUCACACUUGGGUGGAGUACUCUCUUUUUUCUCCACAGCAUGGCAAAUGCAGCUGGCUAGUUGACUUUGAUAUCAUACUGAGUAAGAUCAUUGCGAAUGUUCACAAAGCUAUACACAACUGCUGUUGCAUCUCAUCAGCACACGGCAUACAAUUGUAGGCGUGUGUUAUGAAUUUUAUCUGUGGCACAUUGUUCAUCGCUCAUACACUGGCCAUUUCAGGUAUGCAUUCUGCCUCAAAUGUGCACUUUCUCGCUGACUGUAUCUGAAAGUUACUAUUUUACGAAGUCACAAGCUCUUGUUCUUAGUGAGCGUGUACUUAUUUGCAAUAUGUGCUUUAUGCAAUAAAUGUAACCUUAGGAUGCACGAAGAAUAAAGAAGACUGGCUGCUUGUUUGCAAAGUAUCACGUGAUCACUCAAAUUCCAGGCACUGUAAAUAGUUUGCUAUGAAAGGGGUUCUUUUCUUCUCUGGCUGUGAUGAACUGACAAUAGUGCACAAAAUGAACUGUAUUUGGAAGGAUGGCUGAUCAUCUUGAAGUAAUGUUUCUCGACGAGGCACGACUGGGCUGUAGCGGAUUGCUUUAUUACCUUUUCUUUUUUUCCAGUCAUGAAACGUCUAUGGUAGAGCUUGAUAUGUCACCCAAAGUGGCCACAAUGUGGUUCAGAGUCAUUUACAGGGCACUUGCCAUUACUCAGGAUAGGUUAACUCACAUGCAUGUAGGCCGGCAAGCUGUGCAACCUUUCCUAUUGUAGUGUUGAUGGAGAACGCAAUAGAAACUGUGCAUUUAUGCAAAUGCCACUAACCACACAAUUCCUUAAAUAUACAAUUGCUAGGAGCACACUAAAUGUGGGGAUUUUAGUCCAAUUGCUUAUUAGCAGCAAACAUGUGCGCUGUGACUUGCACUUCAGCAGUUAGAUGAUUCCAGUCUUUCGUUCAAACAGCAAAAAACUGGAAUCAUCUUCAUCCUGCUGAAGCGGAGCACCAUUCAGUCAUUCAUCGCUCAAAGCAUUAACCGAAAAUAUAACCUAGUAGAUAUGCCCAACCCUCAUGCAAAACCACGAAUGGGGUAUUUGAGGUGUCAAUAAAUAAAUAAAUCGGUAAAUACCACGUAUACUAGUGUAAGGGCCAUACUUUUUUUCUAGAAUCUGGGCUGGGUGCGGCCCUUACACGAAUCAGGCCAAUGACGGUCCACUAAAGGUUCAUGCUGUUUCCGAAACUGUAGGAAAUGGUGAGGGAGGUGCAAAUGACAUAACGCUGCACUAAACGGCCUCAGAUGAAGGCCCAUCGUCCCUGGCCAGCGCUGACCCAAAAACCCUUCUCUAGACGUGGAAUGCCACCUAUCUGACUGCCAACACAUCUGAGAUGACACGCCACACAAAGGAAUAAUGGUGCAGUGGCACCUGCCUGAGCAGCAGAGACGGAAAAGCAGCGAUCUUCAUCUAGCGGCAAUGGAACUAAUUCACUUUCUGGCGGGCCAUUUCGAAUUAUUUCCCAAAACUUCGCCCUCCAAAGGUGGGGUGCAGCCCUUGCACGAGUAUAUGCGCUAAAUAAAUAUAGGCAGUUAUUGUGGACCACGAAAAAUUCCCUACCGUAACACUGCCACAACAGUUAACAACACCAUGGUAAUAUAACUAAGUUUAUACAACAGGCAUUUAGUGUGCUUCCAGUAGUUUCUUUUUUAAUUUGAAGAAUUGUGCAGUUAGUGGUAGCCACAUGAAUGCACUGCUUCAUUCGUAUUGUCCUGCGAAAUUGCAGUAGGGAAGGUCACACUGCUCACAGCAAUGUAUGCAUGAGAGUUUGCCUACCACGGCUGAUGGCUAAGUACCCUCUAAACGGCUGCGCAUCGAUUUGGGCAACAUACCGAGCUUUCUAACAAAAGAUUUGUGACUAGAAAAACAAGGUAGGACUUUGGCACGAGUAAGCGCAUUUCUCCACUGCAUAUCCUUAGCGUGCUGCGUGUCCUGAGAAUAUGUAUGUAUAUUAACUACUUUGUGUUAACUGUGUAGAUAAUUUUUGUGGGGUUAUGUUUUCUUGAGGAGGAAGGCAAGGAGGGAAGUUGGAAAUAUUUGAAUAUAAAUGAAACACUACCUUACCCAGUUUGCAUUUUAAUUGAUAAUUUGAUACUGGAGAUUUUUGAACAUUUGCUAGUGGCUGAAUAUACUAUGCUUUUGAGUCUACAAGAUAGAGCAACUUUGCAAGGCUGCUUAAAAUAUUACUCAUUUUUUAACUCAACUGUAUAUACUCUAGGCCAUUUCUUCAAUCAUAGCUACAAAGCACUACGCUACAGGGACCAUCUUCUUUGUGCAGAGUUGCUACUUUCUGGGCUACAGGUUGCAGUAAAUAUGUGAGUUGCGUAGUGAAGCAACAGUAUUCAUAUCCAAAAUUUGUACGAUCGCACAAGUUACGUAGCAAACAGAACACAUGCUUGCAGUUUAUUCGCUUACUUUCAUUAAAGAAAGUCGGUGAUGUUCUCAUGUGUUUUCUUAGCUGCUAAAUGAGUGAGUAGGCACUUCCCAAAGGCACAGAACUGCACACCAGCGGCCGAGCUUGCCUCCCAGCAAACUUCACUGUUUGGUCCCCCCACCCCACUCUGUAAUGCACUCCAUAUACGUUGAUCUGCAAAUAGCACGCCGCGCCUCAAACUUGCCAACAUGUGAAAGGCAGCUCCAGAUAAAAAUAAAUAAACUAAUGGAGUGGGCUGAGAAAAAUGGUUUCCGCUUCUCUACUCAGAAAACUGUUAAGUGCUAUUUUCGCAAAAACGAGGGUUUACUUAGACCCGGAUUUAAAAUUGAACGAUGUCGCGCUGCCGGUAAAACGAGAAUAUAAAUUCUUGGGAAUAAUCUUUGACAAAAAAUUAAACUUCCUAGCCCACAUUAAAGCACUAAAGAUUAAGGCAAACAAAGCAUUGAAUAUCCUCAAAGUUUUAUCUCAUAAGCACUGGGGUUCCGACCGAACGUGUCUUUUACAUAUUUACCGGUCUCUUGUUCGUAGCCUUUUUGACUACGGCUGCAUUGUUUACGGCUCAGCCAGACAGUCCUACAUCCAACGACUUCAUCCAGUACAUAACCUUGGACUGCGACUGGCCAGUGGUGCCUACAGAAUGUCACCUAUUCAAAAUUUAUACGUCGAGUGCAAUGAACCCUCCUUACAGCAGUGCAGAGCAUUACUCACUUUCUCUUACCUACUCAGAAUUCAGUCAUCACCGCAACACAUUUGCUACAACAUUGUCACACAGUGCAACUGACACCUACACUAUACAAAUAAACCGAACAUGAUUAAGCCACUUGUCCUGCGAUAUGAGGAAUAUGUUCGGGAUUAUGACAUUCCUCGCGAAGUGCUGCAGGUUGCCAGAAAGCCAAAGCGUUUGCCCCCGUGGCACGACUUUCAACAGUUAUGCGACAGGACAUUAAUACAUUUAAAGAAGAAGGACACCCCACGCGAACACAUUAUACAAGAAUUCUGUGCUCUUCAGUACAAAUAUCAAAACCACCUAGAAUUCUACACGGAUGGCUCUAAAACGAAAGAACACGUGGGUGUGGGGGUCGUAACGGAAAAUUGCGAAACAAGUAUUCAAUUGCCACAACACGCCUCUGUUUUUACGGCCGAAGUUUUCGUUAUAUGGGUUGUUAAAAAGAUUAUCGCUGAUAAGCACAAAGAUGCAGUCAUAUACACAGAUUCUUUAAGCACACUGAAGGCUCUACAUCUGAAAUCUGAGUGUGAACCCCUGAUAGGAGUCAUCUUAAACAUGGUGGCUUUUAACGAAUACGGGAGGUCAAUUCGUUUCUGCUGGGUCCCAAGCCAUGUUGGAAUACCAGGUAACGAAGCAGCUGAUAGAUAUGCAUUGAUGGCAGCGUACAAAGACAUUACAAACACAACACUCCCAUAUAAAGAUAACAUCCGUGCAAUUAGAAAAGCCUUAACGGUAAAAUGGCAACGCGAAUGGUACCGUUGUGCCGACAACAAGCUACAUCUGACUAAACCCAUAGUUGGUGAAUGGAAGUCAUGCUAUCAUCAGGAGCGGUUCUUCGAAGUAGUUUUAUGCCGACUACGCAUUGGGCACACACACCUCACACACAAUUACUUGCGAAAGAAGACAGACCAAAGUGCGAGAAAUGUCAACAGCCACUAGCAUUUAUGCACAUAUUACUCUCAUGUACGCUGAUUGAAACACACAGACGAACACUUUUGCACUUAUUAUAUCAACUACACAUACCUUUACACCCUGCUGUCAUUUUAGGUGAUGAUCCACUAGUCCCAUUAUCUGACGUCCAUAAAUUUUUAGACGACACUAGAUUUUUACAUAAAAUAUAGAUUAUUAACGCAGCCUUUUCCUUCAUAAACUGGAUUUUAAAACACCUCGUGUUUGGCGCAGCAUAGCCUUAGCCACUUUUGCGCCAUUAAACCCCAUUUACCUAACUAACUUCACUGUUUGGCAAACUCCACAUGUUGUCCCAACUUUGCUUGCCUGACAUUGAUGUUGAAGCGCUGAGUGUUCCAGUCAAUCAGAAAAGAUACAGAAUAGAGAUAUUCGUGUUGGGGGGGGGGGGGGGGGGGAAUAAUUAUAGCGGGCAGCUUAGUAUGACACAAUGUAAACAUAAACUUCACCCGCAAACUUACAAGGAAGUAGGAAAAAUCUAGGACUUCACAUACUCCAUAAUAAUUAUCAUCGCAAAGUCUGCGCUCAUACGCAGAGCCAACAUACAUACCUCAAAGACUAAAUCAAGCAUCAAAAACGAGAAUUUCCUUGUGAGGAUGGCAUAUUUUGAUAUUAUUCCUUUGUGCGCAAUACUGGUGAGUGAAAUGGCCUUCCCUUCCAAGUUAUGUCAUAUUCAGCAGAUGGUUUUUAUCACACUUAGUGCUCAUUAUGUUUGUUUUGUUUCAUUGUUAAUUCCCCAUUGCUAUAAUUCUUGCACAGGUGAUGCAUGUAUAUAAAUAAAUAAUAAUGAAUAAAACGUCAUUAUCUUGU